AUGUCUGUAGAAGUGGUCAAGGACGACGUUGUUGGCGAGAAACAUCUGUUCAAGAUCUCUGAGGAAGAUGUCACAGACGAUUCCGCAUCCAGGUCUUCCCAACCGCAUGACCAGACACAUCGCAAAUUGAAGAACCGCCACAUCCAGCUCAUUGGAAUCGGAGGAACAAUCGGAACGGCACUAUUCGUCCAGAUAGGCUCGGGAUUGACCAAAGGCGGUCCUGCGAGCUUGUUCCUGGCUUUCACGUUUUGGUGUACCUUCAUUGUGGCGAUCAACAACUGCCUAUCCGAAAUGGUCACCUGGAUGCCGAUAUCAGCCCCCUUUGUUCGCUUCGCAGAUCAUUUUGUCGAUCCCGCCUUGGGUUUUUGCGCCGGUAUCAACUUCUUCGUCUUCCAAGCCAUCCUAAUCCCGUUUGAAAUCGUGGCCUUCAACAUCAUCCUUCACUUUUGGACGGACAAGAUACCCUUACCGGCAGUCAUUGUCUUUAUGAUCGUAUCGUAUAUAUUGUUGAAUGUUUUCACUGUUCGGUAUUACGGAGAAUCCGAAUUUUGGUUGGCGCUUGGAAAAGCUGUAUUGGCUACAGGCCUGAUCAUUUUCACCUUUGUCACAAUGGUCGGGGGUAACCCUCUACGAGACGCGUAUGGAUUUCGAUUUUGGAAACCUUCAAAUGUCGAAGGUGCUCCGUUUGCUGAAUAUAUUAAGGAGGGCAACCUUGGACGUUUCCUUGGAUUCCUGGCAUGUCUCAUUCAGGCGUCCUUCACGAUUGCAGGUCCCGACUACGUUGCCGUCACAGCAGGCGAAGCUGAAAAGCCACGCAGCAUUCUCCCCAAGGCGUUCAAGGGCGUCCUCUACCGACUCACCACCUUCUUCGUCCUUGGCUCCCUCUGUAUCGGGAUAGUCGUGCCCUACAAUGACGCGGACCUCCUUACGGCCCUUUCCGACGCCCGCCCAGGUGCAGGUGCCUCGCCGUAUGUUAUUGCUAUGCAACGCCUCAAGAUCCCAGUUCUACCACACAUCGUCAACGCGGUGUUGCUGACGGCGGUGUUCUCAGCCGGCAACGGUUAUGUAUUUUGUGCUAGUCGGACGCUAUUUGGGCUGGCGCUGGAAGGGAAGAUGCCCAGGUUUUUGCUGUACUGCACUCCUGCGGGUAUCCCGAUCUACUGCGUUGGGGCCGCAAUGUCGAUUUCCUUGCUUGCAUUCCUCCAGGUCUCGAACAACUCUGCUGUCGUUCUACAAUGGUUUGUGAACUUGGUGACGGCGUCCCAGCUCCUGAAUUAUGCCAUCAUUGCCUUCACCUACCUGCGAUUUUACAAGGCAUUGCAAAUCCAGGGCAUAAACCGAAGUACUCUGCCCCACAAGAGCUGGUGGCAGCCCUUCUCCGCGUAUGUGGCAGACGACCUCACUGACAUGCCUUCGCUCACACCCUACCGCCAUUUCAGGUGGUACGCACUGAUCGGGACAUUCACCAUGGCCUUUGUGGGUGGGUACACCGUCUUUCUCCCCGGAUGGUGGGACACGCCUUCGUUCUUCUUCUCGUAUACCAUGAUCGUGGUCUGUCCCCUCCUUUUCUUGUACUGGAAACUCCGGCACCGCAGUCAAUGGGUCGAUCUGAGUAAAGUCACAUUCUUCCGUCACGACCGAGAGCAAGUCGAUAAAUACGAGCAGUACAUCUCCCAGAAUCCUUUAUGA